UUGCCGUCAGCAAGUUUCUCUCUCUUGAAUAUACUCCCGCGGCGGCGGAAGAAUUCUGGUUAAUUUGCGAUGAAGAUUAGUAGCUCAACCUUCGUGUCGUUUGUUAUAACUUUAGGGUUUCUAUCAAACAUGGCUGAUUCACUCCAAUUUAAUCUUGAAUCGGGAGUUGGGAAAUGCGUAUCGGAAGAUGUCAGGAGCAAUUCAAUGUCGGUAGGAAAAUACCAUAUAGUGAAUCCGAACGAAGGUCAUCCCCUUCCUGAGACUCACAAUCUCACCGUGAAGGUCACUUCUCCGACAGGGACUAGUUAUCACCUUGCGGAACAUGUUAGUUCAGGGCAAUUUUCUUUUCAUGCUAUGGAGGUUGGCGAUUUUUUGACUUGUUUUUGGGUAGUUGAUCAUAACCCAAAGAUUACUUUAACAAUUGAUUUUGAAUGGAGGACUGGAGUGGCUGCUAAAGAUUGGUCUAGUAUUGCUAAGAAAGACACUGUUGAUUCUAUGGAAAGUGAGCUGAAGAAACUGCAGGAAGUUAUAACUUCAAUUCAUGAAGAGAUGUUUUAUCUUCGUGAUAGGGAAAAAGAAAUGCAGACACUUAACAUUGGCACAAACUCGAGAUUGGGUUGGUUAAGUGUUCUUUCGCUUUGUGUUAGCCUAGCCGUGGCUGGUUUGCAGUUUUGGCAUUUGAAGAACUUCUUCCAAAAGAAAAAACUUAUUUAGAUCCAUUUUGGGUUACAUAUAUUACCCAUUUGCAGUUUUUUAUUUGACUAUAUAUCCUAUACACAGUUCAUGCAAAAGAAUCCAAAUUUCUUAUAGGCUUAAAGUUUUUAUUGUUGUGUAAACAAUUGCUUUCAUGGUUGUGUAAUUUUUCUCCAU